CAGGCCGCGGCAGCCGGCGGCGCGGGGCUCCCCUGGGAGGGGCGAAGACAGGUCGGCCCGGCGCCGGGGGCUGGCCCCUGUCCCGGGAGGGGGUCGCGGCCUCUGGAGGCGGCUUCAGGCUCCCGCCUCGGAGCACGCUUUUCUCCCCGGCGGGCGCGCGCGCGCGCGCGCGUUCCUCGAACACCGGCAGGGAGCGCGCCCGCCCAGGUGAGGUGCAGGUGAGGGCCCGCGGAGCGGGGGCCUCUGGCCUACCCCAGAGCGGCCGCUGCCCUUUGAGAAGGACCGAGGGCCUGUUGGGUCUCAGGACUGCAGCUCACGCCCUGCGCCAGGCGGAGCUUCCGGGAGGGUCGCUGAGCUCCCAGGCCCCAAGCUCCCAAGUCCCGGCAUCCCAGAAAAAUAGCUCCGGGGGACGAAGAUGAGCCCGGAGGCCUGACCUCCUCCUGGGGAGGUUGGCUGGAGAGGGCCCUCCAGCUGCCCACCCCCCUCCUAGACCGGUGCUCUUCCUCCCUGGCCGGCAGCCCCUGGCUCCCUAAUCCUGGGGGGAAACCCCAGCUGGGAGGUACAGACACAAGCUGACCCGCUUCUUGGUAACCAUUUCUUAAGGGUGGACAGCCAGUUAAGGUGACAGGAUUUGAGUGUGGUUUUGUCUAGACUGAGAAGAUGCCCAGGUGCCCUUCACUGCUGCUUAAAUUGUAGCACCUGGUGGCUUUGGGAUACAGAUGCUAGGUGCCCUCCCAGCCAUCCUCAAGAUCUUAUUCUAGGGGCCCUUGGGUGCAGAGUGACAGUUUGACAAAGCCUGAGCCCCUGGCUUUGGCUCACACUUUUCUCCAAGUACAGUUCAGGGGAGUUUUGCAGAAUGAUUUAUCUCUCAUGUCCUGUAGGUGAUUGUUUUAAAGCUGUCUCUGGGAGACUUCCUUAGAUUGUUUAAUCUCAUUCUCCGACUAGGUAAUUUGACAGUUGCGAAAACUGUUCCGAUAGGAGUCAGAUCUCUAUCUACAGUCAUUUAAAAGCUGUGAAUUUAGUGGAGAUCAGAGUGGUUUUCCUCAGGAAAACUCCCUUCCCCCAACCUUGCACCCUAGUGUGUAAAAAUCAGUGCAGCCCUUCUUGCUUUGUUGGGGGCCUGUUUUUUAAGGUGGUAUUGCUGUUUUAAGGUAAGUCUUGACUUAGGCUCUUCACGGGCCAAGGCUUAUGCAAAUAUUUUGUAAUUUCUGUAAUUUUGCCAGGGCAAUUUGAAUGAUGGCCAUAUAAGUGGGGAGCCCCUCCCCCAUUGCAGGUGACUCAGAAUCUGAGAACUGGGGUAUCCCACACUCCACCUGGUCAUUAUAGCAUCAUAUCCACUGUCCAGGAUAGCUGUUCAUUAGCUGUAGUUAAAUGUAUUUGAUUAUGUGCUUUUUAGUUUGCCUUUGAGCCGUUAAGUUAAUGGUAUUUCUUGCCAAAAAAAAAUUAUGAACUGAAGUUUCAGCUUCUAAUUAGAUGCCUCUGAUUCUCUUUAAUUCUGGGAGUCAAAAGUCUAUUUAAAAAGCAGGCAAAAGACUCUUUGGAGUGUAAGUGGAGCGCUGAAGACCUAACCCCGGCAAUGUGUUGGGACAUUGCCCUUUCAUCACGGUGAACCUGGACUUGAAGAGAAUUUCAAGGGCAUCCUCAGGCCUUUCCCAUAAGGGCCAUUCACAAACAGGUUCUUGGAGUGUUCCCAGGAGCUGCUCAGCCAUUCUGACAAAGAAGCACAGAACAAAAAGGGACUCGUAACUGUGUUUGGGGCUACAAACACAUGCUGUGGCCCAUGAGACCAUCUGGCAAAUAUACAUUCAACAUUUUAAUAUGAAAAAGCUUUAUUAAUUGGUGGGACCACACUGACGGUGCAUCUUACAAGGGUACAUGUGAAACUUACUAAAUGUAGAAUAUAAAUGUCUUAACACAAUAACUAAGAAAAUGCCAGGAAGGCUAUGUUAACCAGUGUGAUGAAACUAUGUCAAAUUGUAUAUAAAACCAGUGUAUGGUACACCAUGAUUGCAUUAAUGUACACAGCUAUGCUUUAAUAAAAAAUAAAAUAAAUUUUUAAAAAGCUUUAUUAAAAUCAACUCUUUAAGAUGUUUGGGCAAGUAAUUUUUGAUCGUUGCUCACAUCAUGCAACUUUUUGUUCCAGGAGCUUGUGGGUCAGGUCAAGAAUGAAUCUUUUCGCAAACACCCCCUAGUUCUGGGUUCAUCAGAGUCUCUUUUCAACCUACAAAGAUGCAUUUACAGACCUUAUCUCAUGGGCACUGCUUGGCAACCUUUUGAGGAUGUGAGACCCGCAGAAGAGUAAAGCGUUGCUUCUCUGCACCUCCCUCCCUGUCUGCUAGAAUGUUCCUCAUGAACGCCCCUCCAGUGGUUGCUCUCCAGUCCAAAUGGGAGGCCUUUGGCCCACCGGGGAGCUUUAGGUUUCCCGGGUGCUUUUCAGAGUCAAAAGAGGGUGUCAAGAGAGCAUCUGUAAGCGCCAAAGUGCAGAUGAUCCUCAGCUCUCUGCAGCGCGACGAGGCUGCUCUGGGCAUGAACCAUGAGCGGGCACCACCGAGAAGCCAGAGGGCCGAGCGGUGCCGAGACACCCGGCUGGCUGCCAACCCUGCUGUGUGCAAAGAGCAACCUGCAUUUGCUGCCUGUGGUCGUGCUGACAGUUUUGACCCCAUGGGGGAGGAGGAAGCUGCAGACCUUGGCCCCUUGGUCCUGGAUUCGGACAGUGACGAUUCUGUGGACCGGGACAUCGAGGAGGCCAUCCAAGAGUAUCUGAAGGCAAAGGGUGGAGCUACACAGCCUGUGUCCAGCAGGGCCCAGCCCAGUGGGGCCCAGCCCUCUGGAGCCACAGGCGGGACCAGUAGAUGUAAACCGGAGCCUCCUCACAACAGUGCCCCAGCUGCUCUGUGUCCCCCCAAACUGAUCCCUGGCAGCCACGUGGGAGCCAGCAAGGACCAAGGCUCCACCUCCCCGGUUAGUGUCAGCAGCGAUGACUCCUUUGAACAGAGCAUCAGGGCAGAAAUAGAGCAGUUUCUCAAUGAGAAAAGGCAACAUGAAACCCCCAAAUGUGAUGGGUGCGUGGAUAAAAAACUAGAGCCAAAUGAAAAUUCGGCCAAAUCACUGCUUAAAUCCUGCAAAGAGCUGACCAUUAAGGGGACACCACGGCAGGAUCUGAAGGCAGCCUGUAAGGAGUUUGUCUUCCGAAAACCUCCCAGGUUCACCAAGGUGAAUGCACAGCCCAGAAGCCUCAGGUCUAAGAUCACCUCCGGGCCAGAGACCCUGGGCAGCAUAAAGCCGGCAGCCCUCAAGCCUGCCACCCCCUGCCGCCCUGCAGAAGCCACGCAGAGUAAGGGCGGGGUUAAGAGGAGUGUUGGCACCACAAGGCGGGGAAAGCGGGUCAGGAGUGCGGCCCUGGUGCCUGAGGGCUCUGACUCCAGCAGUGACGACGGCAUCGAGGCAGCCAUCCAGCUGUACCAGCUGGAGAAGACAAGGAAGGAGGCCAGUGGGGGCCCGCCACAGAGAGCCCCGUGCCAGGAGGACAAGAGGCCUGACCCGCCCGCAGACAACACAAGCAGUGCCCAGAAAAGUGCCUUGCCUGAAACCCAUAGGAAAACACCCAGCAAGAAGAAGUCCGUGGCUGCAAAGCCUGCUGAGCCCGGCCCAGGGGACCUUGAUGCCAGCCACUCGCCCAAGCUGCCAAAGGAAACCAAAACUCCUCUUGCAGUAAGCACAGCUUCCAGAAGCGAGUUGGUGGAGCGAUCCUCAUGCCGGGCAGACACGUCUGCAGAGCUGAUGUGUGCAGAAGCUAUCCUGGACAUUUCCAAGGCAAUCCUGCCAGCCCCUGUGGAGGGCAGCGACAGGUCGCUCUCCACAAGACCACUCUUCUACUCCUCGAACGUGCCUUCCUGCUCUGGCGGUGAUAGCAGCUCCGUGGACAGUGACGAUAGCAUAGAACAGGAGAUCCGGACGUUUUUAGCCCUCAAGGCGCAGUCAGGGAGUUCACUAGCCAGAGCCGAAAUUGACCCUCAGGCUGCACAGAGGCCGCUGUCACCACCAGGUCCCAACAGCCAGACUGGUGGCCCCAGGGCCCCCCUCCCUACACCAGACCUGUCACUAAGCUGUAAAAGGAAAUACAGGGGCAGCAGCCACACAGCAAGGCCAUCCACGCCCAAGAAAACAAGGGAGGUGGUGAAAGAGGGUGGCCAAGACAUUGACCACGCCCUGGGGCCAGCUGAGCCUGGCUGUGAUGGACAAGACCUGCCCAGUCAGGGCAAAGCUGGCGAGGCCCCUGGGAGGGAGGGUGAGGCCAGGAGGCCCAGUGGUGCACAUGUGCCUCAGAGCCACUGUAAGGCGGUUGAUGCGAGGUGUGUAGAUGAGAAAGAGAGUUCUGAGGACAAGAGCAGCUCACUGGACAGUGACGAGGACCUUGACACGGCCAUUAAGGACUUGUUAAGAUCCAAACGAAAGCUUAAGAAGAGGUGCAAGGACCCCAAGGCUGCAUGUAAAAAGAAGGUCAGGUUCAGCACUACUGAGACGCAGUUCUUGGAUAAGCCAGGUGGGUGCCAGAGAGACUGGAAAGACAGAUCCCCACAGGUGCUGAAAAGCUGCCUCUCCAAGUCCAAGAGAGACAGUGGAGAGAGCCCCGUGAAAAGACCUCCGAGCAUCUUUGGCAGUGUGACAGAGCGAACCAAGCUUGAGGGUACUGGGGACCAGGAUGUGGCCCCAACCUUCCAAUUAAGGAGAAACGCCUCCGAAGGGAAUCUGUUCCCUGGCGAGCAUCAGAGUCAAGCUCCGAGCCCCAGCUUCCUGUCUGAUGACAGCAGUUCUGUGGACAGCAAUGAUAGCAUCGAACUAGAGAUUAGGAAGUUUUUGGCGGAAAAGGCUAAGGAAUCCGUGAGCAGCUCAGAAGUUCAAGCAGAGGGUGCCCCAACUCUUGGCUUGGGGGGGCCCGCCAGGCCAGAGGUGUCGUUCAGGAAAGAGCCAGCCCUGCAGCCCGGGGUGUGCACUCGGAGCCAGAGAGUUAAGGGGGCCCCUCAGCUGACCCAGGGACUACGAGGAGCCGAGAGAGCUGGAACGCAGAGGGGGACUGGCCUCUUCAGCCAGGGCGGGAAGAGCCUGGCUGCUCCAGCCAGAGGCACCACUGGGACUAUCUCUGCCAAGGGGUCUCCAAGUAGGAGGAACGUUUACGUCCACAAAGACCAUGGCCCACGAGGGGCGGAGCCUGCUGUCGCCGACAGUGGUUUUGGUCAGCUGCCCAGCUGUGCCAAAGCAGGCACCGAGGCAGGAGGUGCCGGGGGGACCUUCCAUGUGAGUUAUGGGAGCCGGAGCUUCCCAACUCCCAGCUCAGGAGCUGAGAGGGACACUCGACCCCAGGCCGACCUCACCCUCCCUUGGAGCGACUUUGCCCACCAGAGUCGGCUGCCCAGCCCGUGGGCGCUGAACUCGGAAGGCAGAGACUCAGCAUGGAGAGGGGGCCUGGGGAACGAGAGAGAGAAGCGGCCGGAGGGCCUGACCAGGGGCCCGCCCAGCCUGCCUUUCACAGGCUUCUCCCCCCUGCUGUCCACUCAGCUCUUCCACUUCGGAGGAAAGAGUGUGUCCUGGGGGGGCAAGCAGGCCGCUUUCUUCAGCCCCCACACUGGGCUGCCUUUGCAGGGCCCGUCCUUCUCGGCCUUCAGGGAGGCCCAGGCUGGGCCCAGCCCUGUGUUUGGAAGCCCACACCUGCUCGGGAAGAAGGAUGGCGGAUCCUGGCCACGGCGGAAGGCCCAGGCAGGGCUUGGUUUGCAUGACAGGAAGAACUCAGGCCCAGAGGAAAACAUUCUAGACCUGCGGUAUCGACAAAGGGUCAUGGACAAGGACGACCAGGACCAGGAGGCCCUGGGCAGUGACGCCAGUGACUUCAGCGACACCUCCAUGGAGGAUGGCGGUGGCUGUUCAGUAGUGAAGGGCAAAGCUCUCAAGUUGUGAGUGUGCAUCCUGGUGUUCGUAGCAUUUGUGGAAAGCUGUCUGUGUGUGUACCUGAGCACACGUGUAGGUGGUGUUCGUGAGUACAGAGCGUGGCGCUGUCCGUUACACGCGUCCCUGUACAUAUAUACACUGACAUGAAACCAUGGUUUUAUUUAACAGAUGUGUCCCGGUAAAUUUGAUUUUUGUAGCUUUUUGUAAAUUAUUUAAAGUGCUGUAAAAAGUAUUUUUGGAAAAUAUUGUCGUUCACUUUUGUAGGGCGUCCCUAACUGCAGUUUUCUGUGGUCUGCUUGCAAGUCUUAGAUUAGCAAACAUUUGGUUCUUACCAUCAUGGCCAGGUUCACAGACACUGAGGCUGUUGCUGUCCAGUAGACCGCUGGUGACAGUGUCCAGUGGUACCACCGUUCAAGCCGAGAGAGACAGCAGUCGCCCUCGCCAAGAAUCACUGAAAUGCCCAAAGGUGUCUUUUGGGAAGCUCCCAGGACAACACUUUUUGUACAAAGGACCUCCCACCCCAGUCCCUUGAGGCCAGAGCACGUCUUCUGAAAACGGCAGUCACAGCCUUCAGCUGGAAAAUGUUUUGAAGCACAAAGACCAACCAGCACCGAAGGGUCAACCAGCCGGGCCACUGCGGGUGGAGGCCAGGAGAGCCCUGCUGUGGCUUUGGAGCCCCAGUUGAUUAAUGUCUGUCCAGUCACUAGAUGAUUCUAAAUCUAAAUAAACCUCUUUUUAUAUGGGA